AUGAAUGUUAUUCCAACAAAGAAAUUUAUAUGCUCAAAGGCAGGUUUCAAGGACAAGAGCAAGGAACAAUGCCAGCGGAAGCGAGCAGAUACAAGAGUUGGGUGUAUGGCAGAGAUGACCAUCAAAAUAAGUGGUAAUGGAAAGUAUGUUGUAAGCAGCUUUGAGGAUGCUCACAAUCAUGAACUCGUAACUCCAAGCAAAGCCCAUCUACUGCGAUCCCAAAGAAGAAUUACAGAAGCUCAGAAGGCCCAGAUUGACAUAUUGAAUGAUUCAGGUAUUAGACCAAAAUCUGGUCAUGAAGUGAUGAGUAGACAAGCAGGGGGUAGGCGAUGUCUUAGCUUUGGUCAAAAGGAUUAUAAAAAUUAUCUCCGAUCAAAGCGGAUGCAGUCAAUCCAAGAAGGAGACACAGGUGCCAUUCUUCAAUACCUACAGGACAAGCAGAUGGAAAAUCCUUCAUUUUUUUAUGCUAUACAAGUAGAUGAAGAUGAGAUGAUAACCAAUAUAUUCUGGGCAGAUGCAAGAUCAAUAUUAGAUUAUCACUACUUUGGUGACGUGGUAUGCUUUGACACAACCUUUAAGACAAAUAGUUAUGGCAGACCAUUUGCCCCUUUUGUUGGUGUCAACCAUCAUAAACAAACAGUGGUUUUUGGAGCUGCAUUAUUGUAUGAUGAAACAUCUGAGACGUUUGAAUGGUUGUUUGAAACAUUCAAAAGGGCCAUGUCAGGAAAAGAACCAAAGACAAUAUUGACCGAUCAGUGUGCUGCCAUUAUUAGUGCCAUUGGCAAGGUUUUUACUAACUCAACACAUCGUCUAUGUGUGUGGCACAUGUAUCAGAACGCUGCAAAACAUUUGAGUCAUGUUUUCCAAGGUUCCAAGACAUUUAAGAAAGAUUUUGGCAAGUGUGUUUAUGAUUUUGAAGAAGUUGAUGAAUUCCUAACAGGUUGGAAUGAUAUGCUAGUGAAAUAUAAUUUGGAAGAUAAUGACUGGCUACAUAGAUUAUUCCAGAACAAGGAGAAGUGGGCUUUGGUUUAUGGUCGACAAACCUUUUGUGCAGAUAUGAUAUUCACACAAAGAAGCGAGAGUAUCAAUGCACUAUUGAAACGAUACCUGCAUGUUCGCCUUGAUUUAUUAGAUUUCUUCAAGCACUAUGAGAGGGCUGUGGAUGAUAGAAGGUAUGCUGAAGUGGAAAGUGAUCUCUAUGCGAGUCAAACAUCACCAAAGGUGCCUUAUGUGCCGAUGCUUACACAAACAUCGAAAGUAUAUACACCUGCUAUGUUUGAGACAUUUAAAGGAGAAUUUGACAUGGUAAUGGGAUAUUGUGUGUACGAGAGUGGUCGUACUGGCUCUAUUUCUGAAUUCAAGGUUACCCAUUCAGCUAGCCAAAAUAGUCAUACUGUGAAAUUUGAUCCCAAUGGAUCAAAAGUUUCAUGCUCAUGCAAAAAGUUUGAAUUUGUUGGAGUAUUGUGUCGUCAUGCAUUAAAGGUGUUGGACCACAACAAUAUAAAGGAGUUGGCACCAGAAUAUAUCUUGAAAAGAUGGACAAAGCGAGCAAAAUCAGGGCCCUCACAGGCAAUUCAAAAGUGUAGUGAUGAUGAAGAUAUAAGAGUUAUGCUAGCUAGGCAGUAUGGAUCAUUAUGCCGCACUUACAAUAACAUUUUGAGCAAAGCAGCAGCAAACAAAGAAGCAUAUGCACUACUGCAGACUAUGUCAAUUGAACUAAUGGAAAAGGUGGACCAAAUUUUACAUGGAAAUCAAUCAAAAGAUAUAUCACCGAAUCAUGAACAAGCAGAGAAGCAACCAGUUGAAUGCAACAUCGAGAAUGUAGUCACAGAGAAGCAACCAGUUGAAUGCAACCUUGAGAAUGUAGUCACAGUACAGGGAAUAAAGAGAAAAGAACAAGGAAAUAGCAACAAGAGGAUUAAAUCUGGACUGGAGCUGAAUAAUAAGAAUAAACGUAAUAAGAAAGGUCAAGGAACAACAUGCAAGAAUAAGAGUGGUGAUUGUGCUUCUGCAUCAUCUAGACCAAAUCCUAGCUUCAACAUAUCAAAUGAGAACUAUAAUUUGCAAGUAGUACAGCAUGCUAUGCCUCCACUACCGAAUGCUGCCAAUUACAAUUUGCAAGUAUUGCAGCAUGCUAUGCCUCCACUACCAAAUGUUGCGAACUAUAAUCUGCAAGUAUUUCCGCCCGCUAUGCCUUCGGUACCACAAGUUGUUUCCCCAUUACCACAUGCACAUAAUUAUAAUUUGCAUGUACUGCCGGGUACUACGACAUUAGUACCAGGACCUGAGAACUAUAAUUUGCAAGUAUUACAUCAUGGCUUGCCUGCUCCGCUAUCGCAGACAGACACUACUAGUUUUCAACAGUUACUUGGCUUGCGACCACAACAACCAUAUUUCUAUCAUAGCAUUCAACCGAGUCAGACUUCUGUGGUGUCAUCGGACUCGGGAUGGCCAACAUCUCAUAAUCACCAGCCGCCAACUAGCACUCAACCAAGUCAGAGUUCCCAAAUGUUAUCAGACUCAGGAUGGCCAACAUCUCAAAAAUGACCAGCUGCCAAUUCAGGUAUUGUUCACUUACAAGUCAUAUUCCCAAUUGAAGUUUAUAUCUCAUAAGAAAUCAUUGCUUUGUUCUUCCAGGUCUUGGGUAGCCAAUCAAGUCACAUACAAGAUAAACACUUUUAAAUAGCUCUAUGUAAACUUUGUAUCUCAGGAUUGCUCUACAAGACAGUUCUCUUGAGAUGUAAUAAUUUAUCUUACCAUUCCUUUUAAUGUUAGAUGCACAACGGUUUAUGCUCAAAUAAAAAUAUAUACAUGAAUAUGAAUUAGUUGUUGGUUA